AUGUCGUCAGCAUUGGAGACUUUGGCGUCAACAGUCUACGCAAAAGCCGUUGAGCUGGCCGAAAUCAGCAGACAACAUGGGAUUAACCCAAGCAUUGACGAUCCCGUUGCAUCCGACCUGUCCAGCGUCACCCCUUUAGCAACGCGAAAUGAGCUCAUCCAGGCGGCUAAAGACCUCCUUUACCUGGCAAUGGGCCCAACGGACCAUGUCCUGAGUUUAGCUUGGUCGGCAACAGAUGCUUCCAAUUUAGACCUUCUCAUGCGGCUUGAGAUCCCGCAACUUGUACCGCUCGAGUCCUCCAUCACAAUCUCUGAGCUAUCCGCAGCCACGCGUCUUCCAGAAGAUGUACUGGCUCGUGGCAUUCGCUAUGGCAUAGCAAAUGGACUAUUUCGAGAGGUCGCGCCCAGCCAGAUAACACACUCCGCGGCUUCAGCAGCGUUGGCCAGUAAUCCCCAUUUGCGCAAUGUUGUGCAUUUCGGCACCGAGUUCCUUCAAAACAUUCUGAUGAAGAUCCCCCCGACAAUUAUCGCGCAGGUGGAUAGCAUUACUGACAAAGUUCCUCAAACUGCGUUCAACCUGGCCUAUAACACUGAGGAAAACCUUUUCCAGUAUUUCGCGCAUUCCAAAGACCUUAAUAAGAAAUAUCACGAGUAUCUCAUGGGACGCGUCAAUACCCCUCUGUGGUCGAUGGAUCGUCUUCGCGCCGCUUGGAAUUGGUCCUAUCUCGGACAGAACACCAUUGUUGAUAUUGGUGGAUCAUCCGGCCACACGGUCUUAGCAAUUGCACCACUGGCACCCGAAGCGCAAUUCAUUGUGCAGGAUAACAACAUUGAUGCCUUGGAUAUGGGAAGAAGGCUUGUCUUACUCUCGUCGGAGCCAGGUGUUAAAUCUCGAAUCUCUUUUCAGCAACACAAUUUCUUCGAAGAACAGCCCGUAAGCGCGGACGGUUAUAUUUUCCGUCAUAUCCUCCACGACUGGAAUGAUGAUGACUCGAUUGCUAUAAUCAAAGCACUCCUCCCGGCCUUAAAGCCGAGUGCGAAAGUUUUCAUCAGCGAGGGCAUCUUACCGGACCCGCCUGCUAAGAGACUGAACACAUUGACAGACAAAAUGAUUUUAAUUGAGGAUCAGUUUAUGCUAGCUGCCCAUAAUGCUCGCGAACGGACUGUCGGUGAUUUUGUUCGGCUGUUCGAGGCGGCUAGCUUUAGGUUCCGCCUCGUUGGUGUCACGUCUGGGGCUGACGCAGGAGCUUUUCAGUCACUAUUAGAGUUUGAGUAUCAAUGA